AUGAGCCUGGAGGUUAGUGUGGUUGCCCACAAAGCUGACACAAUCACAGAUUCUGUGUUCAGCAAAGAAUCAGAUGCUGCCCUAAUUGGACCACACUGCCCAGAUUAUAAAAAGGAUCAUCUACCUAAAGUUCACCGGGACACUUCCUAUAUAGGAGAAAAACGUCCGGCAUUAGAAAAAACUGGAGAUCUCAGAUAUUUAUGGAGGCCUGCCUCUGACAAAAGCUUCUCAGUGAGAUAUAAACAUGAGUAUGUUGGUGAAAUUGGUUGGAGAAUACCAGAAUAUGAUUUUAUCAACAAAACAAGGCUGGAGACUGGCUUUCACUUCAAGUAUGGAGAAGUAAGUGAAGCUGCUAUUGAUAAAAUAAGCCACAGACACCAAAACCCAUGGCAACCAAAACCUUCUAUUAUGGACGCACUAGGAAAAUACAGUCGUGCUUUUAUUGCCUGGCAUAUGGGUGAUUUUGAGCACACUAAUCAAAGAAAUUCCAAAUGGGCUAUCCUCGUUAGGCAAAGUAAGGCAGCAUUGCCAAGAGCUUCCAGACCACCUAAGUUGCCACAGCUACCCAUAAAGGAGGUAUGA